AUGUAUCUGCCUCACGCUGGAUAUAGGGUCGUGUUGGACAAUGGUGACACUCCAGACUUGGUCACCAGAGACGACAUGCCCGUCAUAAAGACACGCGAUACACGUGCCAACACACAGAUCUGUCAAGAACACUUGAUGGCAUUGCAAUGUGUGCGAUGUUCAGUCGAUCAAUCGACAAUCGUUGGACGCAAGGGAUAUAGAGUGCAGCCCGACAAAUGGUACAACAAGUCACUGGCAGCUGAGAAGAGACCUCAGACCAUAUUCUUCAUGGAGUACGCGGAGCCCGUGCCCGGCGGAAGCUCGGGCGAGCCAAUGGUACUAUGUCAGACGUACUUUGAUCAGUUGAUCAAGUUCUGCCAUCACUUGACGAUUCGUGGCGAGACCAUCACCGAUAGUAUGUCGGCCGAUUACUUCACCGACAUUCCAUUUGGUCUGAUCAGCACUGGCCCAUCAAUACCACGCAACGAAACGAUAAGAUCACGUCCCUCAUCGGACGGCUUUGAUUAUCUGUUGACGUCUGAUCGCAACUGUUACACGAGGCCACUGCCAGUGUACCAGGAGCCUGAAUGUGUCUAUCUGGUCAACAAAGAGUGGAAGAGUCCAUUCGAGCGACCGACUGAAGUGGUCGAUCAGCAGAUGGCCUACUUUGUUGGACACUCAUCUCAACUCCACCCGGCACGUAGCUGGGCAUCCUUCAUCCUGCCAGUCAUCCUGCUUGUACUUCUGGCCAUCCAUUCAUCAUCAAUAUGA